UGGAAUCUGUUCUGUACAGUGAGAGCAAUCUCGCUUGGAGGACGGGACUGAGUUUCAAUUCGGAUUCAGUAGGGCUACAUGGUGGCGAUAUCAAUAAAGAAAGUUAGAGUAAUAAAUAUAUAGAUUUGAACAUACAUUUAUUUAAAUAAAACUUUGGCAACCAUGGAACGUUUUCGUAUGGUGUUCCAGUACUUUCAAUCCAACACUGAAUCCGUAGCGAACGGGAUCUGCGCUUUGCUGACUCUGGCAAGCGUGAAGAUGUACACCAUCUUCGAUUUCAACUGCCCAUGCCUUCCCAAGUACAACGUGCUGUACGGCAUGGGGGUCAUGUUCAUUCCGCCGGUGGUGCUGUUCUUUGUGGGGAUCAUCGUCAACAAGCACUCGGUUAUGAUGCUGGAGGAGUGGACGAGACCCACUGGAAAGCGGAAAAAGAACCCAGCUAUUAUCAAGUUCAUGUUCACAAACUUGAUUCAGAGAGCCAUGAUUGCCCCCGUGGUCUGGAUCUUAGUGACCCUGCUGGAUGGAAAGUGCUUCAUCUGUGCCUUCAGUGUCACCGUGGACCCCAGCAGAUUUAAUGGCCUCCCGAACGUGCCAGGCUUGGAUAUAACCCGCGUCCUGGCCAAGGUUCCCUGCAAGGAGGACAUCAUCUUCCAGAACACCACCUCACGGAAAGCUGUGUCCCGCUACCUGCGCUGCUGGUCCCAGGCUCUGGGCUGGAGCAUCCUCCUCUUUCUCAUCAUGCUGGCAGUCGUGGCUCGCUGCCUCAAGCCCUGUUUCAACCACGCCGCCUUCCUGCAGGCCCGCUACUGGAGCAGCUACGCGGACCUCGAGCAGAAGCUCUUCGAUGAGACCUGCAGCACACACGCCCGUGAAUUCGCACGCAAGUGUGUCAUCCAGUUCUUCGAGAGCAUGCACGAGGAGAUGUGUCAGGGCAUGAUACUGCCCCUCGAUGACGAGGAUGACCCCCUGCACGGCAUUACAUCUCGCAAGCAGGUCAACGAGCUGCUUAAAGCCUGGUACCGCUCCAAGCCUGACCUGGACAUCACCAAGAUAGCCCAGCGGCAGUACAACCGAGCCCGGGUCCGAGUCACCUGGGAGGGAGAUCAGAACGAAAGCAGGCAAGCCUUCAAGCAAAACGGACAUUCUCCCCAUACAGACGUCUAGCACAGAUCCAAUGUACAUGGAAUACUAUUACUAGUAAUACUGGUACUGUGCUAGUCAGAAUGUAAUAACCAUGUCUA